AUGUCUUCCUCAGCAGCAGCCGAUCGAUCGCCAUCCGCUCUUUCGCGAACACCACCCGAGCUGCUAGCGGCAUUCUUUCUCUGGUCCGUUCAAGAAGUUCCAGCCAAACCUCGCAGCCACGAGUCGCCAAUGAAUAUAGCUGCGGUUUGUGGUCAAUGGCGAGCCAUCGCGGUCUCUACUCCUGAUCUUUGGACGCGGAUGUCAUUGACCAGGCCAUGCGAAAGGAUUUCAACUGACGACCAACUUUCUCAUAUACAAUCCCUGCUUAACCUAUGGCUGGAGCGAUCAAAAGACAAACACUUGUAUUAUUCGAUUCGCUUUACAUCGACAUCAGACCAGCCACAGCCCGAGCUAUGGAGAUCUGAGACAGCGCUCCGCCCACUGGUCGCUGCCCUCACGCAGCAAAGCCACCGUUGGGCAGAUAUCGAGCUUUACACGCCCGAACUCGGUCCUGGGCGUUCAUCGAACGUCAGGCUAGAUGAUGUAGACCUCCCGCACUUGAUGCGACUCGCAUGGUGUGGUUGUCUCGCAAACGACCUCAACAUUUCGCUCUCGCCCAAUAACGCUCCACGGUUAACGUCCGUCUUCCUCCCUACGUUCGUUCUCCAGCUUUGCACCCUCCCCUGGUCUCAGUUGACCACGCUCUUUAUCCGAGAUGAGGACGCAGAUCCUGCCUACGUUCACGAGGUCAUCGACGUAUUAUCGCGUUUUACGCACCUGAAGGAACUCCACAUCCGGGCAUGGUUCCAUGAUCUCUUCCUCGACGCCGUCCAUCCUACCAGAAUAACCUUUCCCCAUCUCACACUUCUACACGUCGCCUCAAACAUCGAAAUUGUGCUUGCGGGGAUCCUCGACUCGCUCGAUGCUCCCGCACUCACCGCUCUGUCAUUCCACGGCUGUUCUCACGCCACUUGGUCCCCCGGCGUCGCGGCGUUCGUCGAGCGCCAUUCUGCGUACUCGAAGCUCGAGACCGUCGAGUUAGGCUACGAAGGUCCCCAUCGUGAUAUCGGGAUGUUCAUCAAGUUUUGGCGGCGGUUUGGCCCAGCGCCAGGACUGAAACGCAUAGGGAUGCAUCUGGACGAAGGAAAUAUCGCGAUUUUCCAGGCGCUGUAUCAGUGUUGUCUGUCUAUGUGCAUGGAGAAUAUUGUCGACCCAGAGACGGGGGAACGGGGUCCGAGUGCAGGGGCGGCUUUGGAGGAAGUGGUGUUGUCGAUGGAGAUGGGGUAUACGUUUUCGCAUCCGGACAUCCUCACGAAGGUAAUCCAAUGCCUCACGAUUUUUAUGGAUGGUGAGGGUGGUCAUCCUGCCGGUUCUGAAGUCGAUCUCGAGAAGCCAGAGAAGCAGAAGCCGUUCUAUCCAUGCGCACCAAUGAGGAGGAUGCAUUUCCGCAUGAUUGAAGACGACGAGCUCUCGGGGUCGAAAGUUGACAUUUACUUCGGAUUCAAGAGAUCUAUCAGCGCUCUACUUUCGGACUGGGUGGAGAGAGGGUUAGAAUUGUCGUUCGAAUUGACUGACAAGGGUUGUAUGUUCUUAUGA